UGCCAGCUUGUUCUCUCCUCCUCCUCCGGCAGUCAAAAGGACCCAGCCUGCCGGCCCGAACCCCGGAGGCGCCGGGCAGAACACCUCGUUUUCCAGCUGGUCUACGAGUUUUCCCCCUCCCCCCCCCCCGCACCAUGUCCUUCUCCCUCCUGGGGCUGGCCCUUUGCGCCCUGCUGGCCUUCGCCGCCGGCGGCGCGUCGGCUGCCGCGCCGAUCGUCCACGACGGCCCGAUCCCGGCCACUUACCAGACGGCCGCCACCGCGCCGAUCAACUCCCCCCUGGCUGACGCUGUCACUGCCGAGGGCAUCAUGAAGCACCUGCAGACCUUCCAGCGCAUCGCCAUGCGCCCGCAGAACAAGGGCUCGCGCUCCAUCUACAACGGCUACGAUGACUCCCUGGACUAUGUGGCCGAGCAGCUGCGCUCGGUUUCCGGUGGCGGCUACUCGGUGGUCUACCAGCCGAUGGUGGCCCAUGUGAGCGAGUACCCCGAGCCGCCGACCCUGUCGGUGACCUACCCCCACCAGUUUGACCUGGCCCUGAAUGACGACUUCGUCGGCUUCAACUUCGGUGGCUCCGGCAACCUGGAGGACGUCCCGGUGGCCCUGGUCCUGGGUGGCUGCAAUGCCUCGGACUUCGAGGACUUCGUCCCCGGCAGCGUGGCCCUCAUCAACCGCCAUGUGCAUGUGGCGGCCGGGGACCAGAUCCCCACCUGCCCGUACCGCGAUCGCGUGGGCCAUGCCACCGCCGCCGGUGCCACCGCCGUGCUGAUGUACAACCCGCUGGAUCUGCUGCCCACCCUGGGCGGCGCCCCGGCCGGCACCACCAUCCCUUCGCUCGGCCUGAACUCCGCCUCUGGCGCCUACCUUGUGGAGCUCCUCGCCGCUGGGGUCACCCCGCGCAUCAACCUCUCGGCCCACUGCCGUGCCAUUGAUGUCGGCACCAACAACGCCAUCGCCGAGCUGGACCCGUCCCGCACCGGUGCCAUGACCAACCGCACCAUCAUCGUCGGCGCCCAUGCCGAUGGUGUUCCCAAUGGCCCGGGCAUCAACGACAAUGCCUCCGGCACGGCCGUCGUCCUGGAGAUCGCCCGCCAGUUUGCCCGCCUGCACCGCCGCACCGUCAACCACGUCAAGUUCGCCUUCUGGUCCGCCGAGGAGUGGGGCCUGCUGGGCUCCAAGCACUAUGUUGACAGCCUGACCACCGACGAGCGCGCCGACAUCGCCCUCAACCUGAACUUCGAUAUGCUCGGCUCGGCCAACUUCAUCCGUGGUGUGUACGAUGGUCGCAAUGGUCCGGAUGCCGUCCGCACUGGCUCCGGCAAGAUCCAGGGUCUCUUCGAGCAGUGGUUCGAGUCUCAGGGCCUGGCCUCCGAGCCGACCCCCUUCAACGGUCGCUCUGACUACGGUCCCUUCAUUGAUAUCGGCAUCCCUGCUGGUGGUCUCGCCGCCGGUGCCGAGGAGAUCAAGACUGUCGACCAGGCCCGCAAGUUCGGUGGCGUUGCCUUCGCUUCCCUCGACACCUGCUACCAUCGUGCCUGCGAUGACAUCGACAACAUCUCUCGCCAGGCCAUUGGCGAUCUCGGCCGUGCUGCCGCCUACGUCAUCGAGACCCUGGCCAACAUGCCGGAUCUUGAUCUGUGGCUCAACUCCGAGAACUAAACCGGCGCUCUGCCGCCGGUCUCCGCCCUCGGAUGCGCGCUUGCGCUCCAAACACGCCCACAUCCACACGCGCAUAUGCAAGGCGUGCGCCGGCAGCAUCCCCCCCCCCCCCCCCCCCC